AUGCUGGAAGCUAUUUCUCAAAGUCGAGAAAGAGAGCGAAAAGAACGAUUAAAACAUAUUUUUGAUGAGGCCAAAAAUGAAGCGGGUUCGAAACUAGAAGAGAAAAUUGAACAGGCAGAUGAAAAUUAUGGCAGCCAAUCCUACUGGGAUAAUGAAGAUCUAAUUAAGAAUUUAAAGGCAAAAAGUGCUCGAGAAAAUCCCUCUUCCUAUCGGCAAAGAGUUUCUAAUAAAAUUGAGGAGGAAAUGGAAAGAAGCGGGGUUAGAGAGGAAGAAUUAGCAAAUAACAUUCGAGCGGCUAAAAGAAAAAUAGUUAGUGGAGAGAUUGAAGAACCGUCCUUAAUUGUUGAAUCUGAGAUGAUUGUAAUUUCUAGCAUAAGACAAGCAGAGGCCAACAGAAAUUUAAAUGAAAUAGUUAAUCAGGCCAGGCAAGCCUUAACUUCUCGUUCUCAAAAAGCAAUUGAGAAAGUUAAAAACCAAAUUUUAGAAUUUAUUUCUAAUCCUAAUGUUUUCUGCCAGAAUUCCUACAAUAAUCGGAGAUCUGAAGUGCAGAAUUAUCUUAACAAACUAGAAAACUAUUCUGGUUCAGAGGGACCGAUUAAUUCUGAUAAUAGAUUUCCUUUAAGUGUAGUGUUAUCGAUUGCCGCUGUUUUAUUAGAAAAACACUAUUACAAUAAUGAAAAGGUCAAAGCAAUAAGUAAGCAAAAAAAAAAGUUUGAGUUUAAUUUCCAAGGUCGGGAGGUAGUAUUUGAAGUUGAUCAAUUGGCUACCAAGAGUGAAAAAUCUGUCCUUUGUCGUUAUGUUACUUUUGAGGAAAAAUUUUAUGCAGUAGGAAGAAUUCCUAGUGCCUUUGGUAAACGGGAGGUAGGGAGCCAAGAAGUACAGAUAAGCAACUGUGUUCUUUCGUUAGAUAAAGAGUGUGAUCCUCCAGCUGUGAUGAUAGGUAAAGAAAAAGACAAUUUUGUUUGCAAUCCUGGUAGCGAAGCAUUAAAUAAUUCUCCGCUUGAAUUGAUUGUUAGUGCUACAGAAGAGAAAAUUGUUAUGUUAGAUGGUGCUGCUCGGGAAAUAAGUGAAGAAGAGUUGGAAAAAGCAAUAAGUUUUGCUCAAAGAGAAAUCCUUAUAUUAAUCGGGUUUUUUCGCCAUAUUGCUAAUGUAUUAAAAACCGAAGAAAAAAAGACAAUAAAUAAAGAAAAUGGCCUAGAUAUUCUUCAAGAUGAAUGGUUGAUAGAAAAGAGUAAUUAUUGUUUAGAGGAGGAAUUGACCAAGGAAUAUUAUAAAAAGAAUCCACAAUUAGAAGAGGCUUAUGUUAAAGAUGGAAGAAAAGUUGAAGAAAUCCGUCCCUUAAGGAUUCAUAUUGAUUACUUACCUAGUGUUCAUGGAAGCGCAGUUUUUGAACGAGGAGAAACAAAAGUUCUCUCAGUAGUAACCAUUGGAAAAAUUAGUGAUAAGCAACUAGUUGACAGCAUUUUUUCUCGCUAUCAUAAAUAUUUUAUUCAUCACUAUAAUUUUCCUGCCUUUGCGGUCAAUGAGAUUGCUAGUUAUCGGGCAGUUUCCCGGCGAGAAAUUGGUCAUGGUGAAUUAGUAGAAAAAACUUUUGAUUACUUACUCCCCGGAGUUAUCGAUUUUCCUUAUACUAUUCGAGUAGUUUCUGAAAUUUUUUCUUCAGAUGGUUCCUCUUCUCAAGCUUCUAUCUGUGCUACUUCUUUAUCUUUGAUGGCUGCUGGAGUUCCGCUUAUUAGGCCUGCUGCUGGAAUAGCUUUAGGAUUAUUUGAAGGUCAAAUAUACACUGAUCUUAACGGUCUAGAAGACAAAUUGGGUGAAAUGGAUUUUAAAAUUGCUGGAACUGAGGAAGGUAUUUGCUCACUGCAAUUGGAUGUCAAAAAUAAAGGAAUCACCACUAAACUGUUAAAAGAAUGUUUGAAAAAAGCUCGUCAGGCUCGUUUCUAUAUAUUAACUGAAAUGAAAAAUCUAAUUCUUCAUCCUCGUUCUGCUUUGCCUGCCCAAGUAAUUAAAUGUCGGGGUUUCUAUGUCGAAAAAGAAACGAUUGGUUUAAUUAUCGGGCCACGCGGCAAAACUAUCAAUCAAUUGACUGAAGAGACUG